CACAGUGCGAUUUAAGUAGAUGCCCGUUUGAAGGUUAGACAGGCAGGCAGGUACAUACAUAGGAUUUACAUUUACAUAUACUUUGGGAGGUACCUACUUCAAUUUCAUCCACUCUACGGUCUAUCAGAUCGCGACUUCAAUCCUAAACCCUCCAAUUGCAUCAUUUCCACAUCUGCGCAACCUUUCUCUCGGCGUCCCGAUAAUUCAUACAAUCCUCAAACUACACACAAAUAUUCAUCAUGUCCGACUCCGAAGAUGGAGGUGACCUCUUCGGCGACGAGGGCGGAGCUUCGUUCCUAGAUCAAGUGCUUAGUGAUCAAGAUCUGGCUUCGGAACAAGAUGAAGGCAACGAGCGCGAUGAGGAUCGUGACGAUGAUGAUGACGAUCAUCACGAUCGUAGCCGAGACCGUGACGACGAUCCAGACGAGAAUCAAGAGGUCAAGAUGAAGCGCAUCAUGGGCGUCACAGUUCAUCGACACAGGAUCCCACGAACCGCUAAGGAUGGCACCGGUUUGUUGCAAACGAUGAAAGUUCCUUCCUUUAUCAAGCUACAAGCUGAAGAAUACAAACCCGACGCGUUCGAGGCGACCGAGUGGGACAUCCAGAACGCGCGCUCCGAGCAGCGCAAAAACGUCGUUCGCUUCCAGCGAGACCCCGAGACCAGCGAGCUGAAAAGCAAUGCUAAUAUAUACCGCUGGAGUGAUGGGUCCCUCACCAUGUCCGUUGGAGGAGACCACUACGAGAUACAGAAAAAGGCGAUGGCUCCCGCGGCUGACAAGCCGUAUUACGAAGAGCGAGAUGAUGCCCACUACUAUGUCGCAGCAGCGCACUUUACGAGCGAAUUAUUUAUGACUGUGGGCCACGUGUCCGAACAAUAUUCCUUGAAGCUUCCCUCAAACUUGAAGGAUGAAGCUUUACUUAAAUUUAGCCGUGACAUGGAAGCUGCUCAGCGCGCAAGAAGACAAGGUAGCGAUAUGAUCAUUACAACUACAAAAGACCCUGAACUACAGAAGAGGGAAGCGGAGCUAGCCGAGAAGGAGCGUAUGAAAGCACAGCGACGACGGGAAAAUGCAGCUGCCCGACUUGAUGGACGAGCGGGAGGCUAUAGGAGCGGAGGACUUUCUAUCGGCGACCUAGAAGGUGGCCGCAGAACCGGCGGCUCCCGCAAGAGAGGUGCCCAAGGCUCGUCAAAGGGCAAGCGACGCCGACCAGAAUACGAUUCAGAUGAUGACUUCCCUUCGGGCGGGGGUCGUCAAAAUGAGUAUGAUCGCGAAGACGACUUCAUUGCCCCUAGUGAUGACGAGGAAGAAGGAAACGAGGACGAGGAUGAUGAAGACAUUCUGGACGACGAAGAGGAGGAAGAGGUCCCCAGAAAGAAGCGCCAGAGGACGGCCGAUGCCGAAGAUGCUGAUGCCGACGCUGAUGCCGACCUGGACGACAUAGAUGCGCCAGCUGAGUCUUCGCACCGACGAAGGCGCCACAUCAUUGACGAGGAUGACGAUGACGAGUAAAUUUGGUUUUGGGGGUUUAAUUUACCGGGAACAAGUCCCUGCCGUCUGUAUUAUACUCAGUGGCCAUCCCUAUAGCAUUUGCUCGCACGCGAUGAUUGCGGUGUUGGCAUGUGCGGAAACUCGAUGGCUCAGAAAGUUGAUUAAGACAAUAGGAUAGUAUAUUCCUAUACUAAUACAGCAUCGCGAUGAUUCAUGGAUUGGUAUGGUUAGAUACUCAAAAAUACGAUUGGUAGAAGAGAACCACUUAAUGUGGUAUACACUCACUGUGCAUUUGACACUAUUAUGAGUAUACCCAUAAGGUUCUCCUGUCUAUCUUCUCUUUUCGACGUACGUACCUACCAAAGGUCGCUUGGUACCUGUCUAUAUCAUGUGCUUUUCUGUCGACUUGUCUCCAUUUGUAUCUUACCUGUCUAGAAUCUGACACGAGGAUGGUCGUAGAGAAAUUGACUGAUACAAUUCCACAGCUUAACUAACAUAGGCAAGUCAGACAUUGUACUCACGCCUGUAUAUUAUGUCCAAUUCGCAAAAUGAAAAGUCUGGCUUUCUAUAAGGGAUGCUAAAGAAAAGUGUGCAGUGUAAGGAAGUCCACCACCCUGGGAUAUCGCGUUAGGAGGUAGCAAUCAACGAAAUAUAAGUCUAGCCGCUAAGUUAAAAGCACCUGCUACUUAUUCCUUCUAUGGUAUUUUUCUGUAGCAAGAG